AUGUUCCUGCGGCGGCUUGGAGGCUGGCUCCCUCGCCCUUGGAGCCGCAGGAAACCCAGGCCUGACCCGCCCUCCCCAGAACCCAGCCGGGUGGAUAGCUCCCCUGAAAACUCAGGGAGCGACUGGGACAGUGCCCCCGAAACCAUGGGCGAUGUGGGGCCCUCCCAGAGGAAGGACUCGGGGGCCCGGACUAGUUCUGGGGCUGCUCCACAACCAAGCAGGGAGCCCCAAGUUGAGCAACUGGGAAGCAAAAGAAUGGAUUCCCUCAAGGGGGACAAGACUGGUGCUGGCAUUCAAGAGUCAGGGAGACUGGAGGCAGCAGAGGCCAUUCCCAAACUGGGGUGGGAUCCCGAGGACUCAGGUGGCACCAGGAGGUCUGAAGUGUCUCCUGACGCGCCUGUGGAGAAGCCCGGCCCCGGCCGGCGUCAGAAGCUGCUGGGCUGGCUGCGGGGGGCACAAGGUGGGGGGGCACAAGGUGGGGGAGCAGGGGCUCCCUCGCAGUACCUGGGGGGCCCCGAGGAGUGUCUGCAGAUCUCCACCAACCUGACCCUGCACUUGCUGGAGCUGCUGGCCUCUGCCCUGCUGGGGCUGUGCUCCCGGCCACUGCGGGCCGCCCUGGACAUGCUGGGCCUGAGCGGGCCUCUGGGCCUCUGGCUGCACGGGCUGCUGUGCUUCCUGGCCGCCCUGCACGGGCUCCAUGCCGUGCUGAGCCUCCUCACUGCCCACCCCCUGCACUUCGCCUGCCUCUUCGGUCUCCUCCAGGCUCUGGUGCUGGCUGUCAGCCUCCGGGAGCCACGCGGGGGUGAGGAGGCCACUGACUGGGAGGAUAAGUUGGGGAGGGAGGGUGAGGACCAGAGGGCAGACCCAGGAAAGGGGCUAUGA